AUGAGUGUGGAAAGAGCUUUGGUCACAAUUCCUAUCUCAGGAUCCAUCAAAGAACUCAAUCGGAAAGAUGGUCUCACUUCCCAUCAAAGAAUUCAUACAGGGGAGAAACCUUUUCAAUGCCUUGAGUGUGGAAACAGCUUUCGUCACAGUUCCGGUCUCACUUCCCAUCAAGGAAUUCAUAAAGGGGAGAAACCCUAUCAGUGCUUAGAAUGCAGAAAGAGCUUUAAUCGGAAGGAUGGUCUCAGUAUCCAUCAAAGAAUUCGUACAGGGGAGAAACCUUUUCAAUGCCUUGAGUGUGGAAAGAGCUUUCGUCACAGUUCCAGUCUCACUUCCCAUCAAAGAAUUCAUACAGGGAAGAAACCCUAUCAAUGCUUAGAAUGCGGAAAGAGCUUCAGUCAAAGUUGCAAUCUAACUACGCACCAUAGAGUUCAUACACGGGAGAAACCCUAUCAGUGCUUGAAAUGUGGGAAGAGCUUCAGUCACAGAGAGAUUCUCACUUGCCAUCAAAGAAUUCAUACAGGGGAGAAACCCUAUCAGUGCUUGGAAUGUGGAAAGCGCUUUAGUCAAAGUGCACAUCUCACUUCCCAUCAAAUAAUUCAUACAGGGAAGAAACCCUAUCAGUGCUUGGAAUGUGGAAAGAGCUUUCGUCAGAGAGGUGAUCUCACUUCCCAUCACAGAAUUCAUACAGGGGAGAAACCAUAUCCAUGCCUGGAAUGUGGAAAGAGCUUCAGGUACAUGCAGGUUCUUAGUUUGCAUCAAAAACUUCAUACAGGGGAGAAACCCUAUCAGUGCUUUGAAUGUGGAAAGAGCUUCAGCCAGGGGGGCCAUCUCACUUCCCAUCAAAGAAUUCAUACAGGGGAGAAACCAUAUCAGUGCUUGGAAUGUGGAAAGAGCUUCAGUCUCAGGCACAGUCUCAUUUUGCACCAAAGAAUUCAUACAGGAAGGAAACCCUAUCAGUGCUUGGAAUGUGGAAAGAGCUUUCGUCACAGUUACACUCUCACUUUGCACCAAAGAAUUCAUAAAGGGGAGAAACCAUAUCAGUGUUUGGAAUGUGGAAAGAGCUUCCGGGAGGGGGCCAAGCUCACUUCCCAUCAAAGAAUUCAUACAGGGGAGAAACCUUUUCAUUGCCAUGAGUGUGGAAAGAGCUUUCGUCACAGUUCCAGUCUCACUUUCCAUCAAAGAAUUCACACAGGGGAGAAACCUUUUCAAUGUCAUGAGUGUGGAAAGAGCUUUCGUCACAAUUCCUAUCUCAGGAUCCAUCAAAGAAUUCACACAGGGGAGAAACCUUUUCAAUGCCAUGAGUGUGGAAAGAGCUUUGGUCACAAUUCCUAUCUCAGGAUCCAUCAAAGAACUCAUACAGGUCAGAAACCAUAUCAGUGCUGUGAAUGUGGGAAAAACUUCAGUCAAAGCACCCAUCUCAAGACCCAUCAAAGAAUUCAUACAGGGGGGAAACCAUAUCAGUGCUUGGAAUGUGGAAAGAGCUUCAUUCGGAAGGAUGUUCUCACUUCCCAUCAAAGAAUUCAUACAGAGGGAAAACCAACAAAGAAAAAUAAUAAUGCAAACAUUAUUGAACAACCCUUACAAAACACAUUUGUAUAGAAAAGAGAAAGGGCAUGGGAGAAUAACUAAAAAUACCCUUUAUCACAUUUGUAUCAUAUCAUUUGUCAACACAUAGAAAGGCAGGCUCCCCCAGCGCUCCCCUGGGUGCCCCCUCUUCUCCCUGUCUCCCAACCUGAGUGAUCGUUCCACUGUAGCAAUAAUUACUCAGAAUAUGCACUCCUGGAUAAACCCAGCUGUAUUUAGUAUCCAGCCUUUUCCCUCCCCUUUAGCAAGAUGGCACUUUCCCUCCAUUCCGCCCCCCCCCCCAGCCCAGCCUUCAAAUCUUAACCACUCAGAUAGUGCAAUAUGACUCUUAUUAUGAUUGUCUAAUAACCCAAAUUAGUAUUUCUCCAGUUUCUAGGUCCAGUUUCUAUAAGGCCUUAUUAAAACUGUUCUAACAAAUCUCAGUCAAGUCACAGUCCAAAAUUAUUGUCCUUUUUAAUGUUCACCCAAUCCUGCUUUCUCUUCUUUUACUAAUCUUCUUUCCUAAUCCACUGGGGGUGGGGAAGAAUGCAUAUUAAAUCCCUUUCCUCAUACGAGAUCAUAGCUUGUGUUAUGAACAGUUUCAGGAGUUGCACUGCAUCCCCUUUUGCUGGAUGUACAUAUUUCUCUGCUGACAAUUCCCACACCAGCUCAUCCCAAUGCAGCCUUGUCUUUCUAUGGAGCUCUUUCUCUCUCCUCCUGUUCUUCCCUCACCUGCUCAACAGAACCUUCUGCCACUCCCAGCGACUCCAUUCCAACGACUCCCAGCUUAUGACCCACACAUUCACCUCAGUCUCUUUUUCUGGGACCCGUCUUGGUCUUCAAUGCCAAGGUGCUCCAUGUCUGGAUGGAGAGCAGAGCUGCAGAAGUUUGUUUGGAGUGGAUGCAUCUGGUUCUCCAUAAAUCAGGCAGAGGCAAAGUUCAUUGGCAAAAGAAGAACUUUCUACUAAAGGUUUUUCAGCUUCAUUACAGAACAAAGCUUCAGGGGACUUAGCAGAUGUGAAAGUUAGAAAAUGAAAGUAAGAAAGAGAAACCAGCCCACUGAGCUCACAGAUUUAUCUUUCUGGCUCUGUGUGACCUUGAGAUAACAAAACACAAAUCAUAAUAAAUCCAGCUGCCUCAGCAGAAAA